AUGCCGAGGGCAUCCUGCCAAGGCUUGGGCCUUCACACAUUCCCCAAAAUGUUGCCUUUGACCAUAGAACAGCUAGACCUCUCUCAUAACCGUUUGCGAGUCCUGCAGGACAACACUACGGAAGAGCGGCCAAGUCUUCGGUACCUGGAUCUUGGGGGGAACCGGCUAGAGGGACUCUCCCCAGGGGCCCUGCUGCCCCUGCGCUGGCUCCGGGCUCUCAUUCUGGCAGGCAACACCCUGAACCAGGAUUAUGUGUCCAACAGCCAGGCACUGAGGCCUUUAGGCCACCUACACUUUUUGGAUCUCUCAGCCAACAGCCUGGAUGGUGACAUGGCUGCUGUCUAUGUGGCCAAUCUCAGCUCCUUGUGGAGCCUGGAUCUCUCCAACAACCACAUCAGACUCCUGGCACGUGGCACCUUCACGGGCAACCCCAACCUGAUGGACAUUAACCUCAGCGGCAACUAUAUCCUGCAGAUAGAAGCAGGGGCUUUCCAGGGCUUGUUACAGCUGCGGGAGCUCUCCCUGGCUAGAAACUCCUUGCAUUGCAUCUCUGAUUUCAGCCUCAGGCCUCUGUGGAGACUCAACUUAAGCUUUAAUGCCCUGCAGUUCUUUGCCACUGAGGAAGGAAACCGGGGGUACCAGCUGCAGGUGCUGGACCUGAGCCAUAAUCAGCUGAGGGCCAUGCCCAUGCUUUCAGCUCUGCACCAUCUCCGCCAUCUCAACCUCUCGGACAACCGUCUGGCUUUCCUGGAGUCCCAUCCUCCACCCUCACCGCAGGACCCUGCCCUUUGGUACCAGGAAGUGAUAAGGCCAAAUCUGACCCAGGGUGGCCAGAAUCCAGCAGCCAACUUACCCGGGCUCACUGACCUUGACCUCAGUAGGAACCAACUGGGCGUGUUUCCAGUGGACUUCCUUAGCCACCUCCCUGCCCUCCAGAGACUCAGCAUGGCCUGGAACUGUCUCCAGAAUAUGUCGGCUCUGCAGCCCAUGUCUGUGCUGCCUCAUCUGACCCUGAGGGCUCUGGAUCUCCAAGGGAAUCACAUUCAGACUUUUCCAAGCUGGGUCUUUGAAAUCCUGCCCAGUCUGAAAGUCUUGAACUUGGGUGACAACGAGCUACAGUUAUGUCGGAGGACAGAGGCUGGGCAAGAUGAGCCCUUCCAAGGGGCCCUUCGGCCAUUCAGCUCUGCCUUCCAGCUGAAGCACCUGAGCCUAAGCAGAAACAGGCUGAGGGAGCUGUGCCCCACUGGUUUUCCUCCUUCAACCUUGUUCUCUCUAGAUCUCUCUGGUAACACAGGGCUGGCCCUGGUCCCCAGUGACCUCCAGGGCCUGCAGCAUUCUUUGCAUGAGCUCUCCCUCCGAGGGAAUGGCAUGGAAAGCACCAGCCUGGGGCUUCCCUGCCUUCAGGAACUGCGAGUCUUGGACCUAUCAGGCAAUACCCUAGAUAACCUGCCCCCGACCCUCAAGUGCUCCCCAUUUCUGCAGAGCUUAGACCUGCGCAAAAACCAUCUCCAGGCCCUGGACACGGAGGUACUGGGUGGCUUGAGAGGCCACCUCACAUCCAUGUUCAUCGCAGGUAACCCCUUUCACUGCUGUACCCUGGGCUGGCUGGCUGCUUUGGCCAGUGCCAACGUUAGCAUACCAGACUUGGGAGAAGCCCAGUGUGUAUAUCCAGGCAGUGAUGGGAGCUCCUGGGCCCCCCUAGCCAGGGACCACCGUCAGUUCUGUACAUGGUGGCAAGGAACUCGGGCUGCGUGGGUGCUGCUGGCUGUCGUUAGCCUGUUCCUCAUCUGCUGUGUAGUGACCUCCCUGUUGCAAAACAGUCCAAGGCUGCCCCGGGCUCUGCAGCUUAGGAAGAGUGACCAAGGCCAGAGCUAG